AGUAGUGUUGAAAACUGACAAAACGCGAUGCUUACUAUAAAACUGGAAAGUAUCGCGUUUAUUUUUCGAAAUGUAUUGUUUGUGCGUGAAUUUAUUGCUAUAAACAUUAUGAAAUAAGAGUCAUCACAAUCGUUUGUUUGUAUCGUUCAAAGAUUAUAAUAAAAUUAUUGUGACCUUUUGUCAACAAUCUCCUUGGCAUUUGUUUGCACCGGCAUUGGUUCCUGAUGUUAUUUAUAACAAAAUAAAAAAUAUGUCGGACGCUUGGGAAGAGAUCCAAGCUGUGAAAAGCAAAAGGAAUAGUUUGCGUGAGAAGCUAGAGAAACGUAAGAAGGAAAGGCAGAAUAUCUUGAGUGCUAAUUUGGGAAGUGGGGAAAGACCGGAAGGUUCGCCAGGCAGUGGGAAGGAGAGGUUGGCAGCCAGUCCGUCCUCGGGCAAACAUGAAGUUACUCCGGAUAAGCCAAAAGUGGUAGUGCCAUCAGCGUCCCUGGAAGUGCAGCUCCUGCAAGUGUUGUCGGACAUGCAGCUACAGUUGCCUGCUACUGCCAGUGCCCUGUUGCCUGGGCUCGGUGAUGUCGACGCUGGUAUUGUUGCCAGUCUACUACAGAAGUUUGCUACACAGAAACUUAUUACUAUAAAGGAAAGAACAGAAAGUACAACCGAUGCCAGCAUAGAGGUUGUGAGCGCAGAGUCUGUGAGACUGGCUGCGGUGCUGGCAGCUUUGAUGGAGGAGCAGAGCAACGGCAACAAGAGAAAAGGUGACAGUAAAACAGAAGAAGCAACUAACCCUAAAGUAUCGAAAACAGCAACUGAUGAGAAGAAAACUGGGAAAAAUGACACAGACAUUAUGUCACUACUAGCAAUGCCUUCGAGCAGAGAGAAGGCAGUGAAGCGGGUCGGAGAGGAGAUCAUGGACCUACUCAGCAAACCCACAGCUAAAGAGAAGUCUCUCGCUGAUAAGUUCAAGAGCCAAGGAGGCGCUCAAGUAAUGGAAUUCUGUCCGCACGGCACCCGAGCGGAGUGCAUGCGGGCGUUCACUACGACUAAGUCUGAAGACGGAGAGGACAGCACAUACUCCUGCAAGAAGUUGCACUUCAAGAAGAUCAUACAGGGACACACGGACGAGUCGCUCGGAGACUGCUCCUUCCUCAACACGUGCUUUCAUAUGGAUAGCUGCAAAUACGUACACUAUGAGGUGGACAAUUCAGACCCUAAUGCGAACGCGGCGAAACCGCCCGAAGCCACACCUAAAGGAAACCACAAUGGUACGAGUGUCGUGAGCAAACCAGACGGAGUGUUGACCCUGACGCCGCCGCAGUGGAUACAGUGCGACCUCAGAUACUUAGACAUGACGUUCUUAGGUAAGUUCGCGGUAAUAAUGGCGGACCCGCCGUGGGACAUCCACAUGGAGCUACCGUACGGCACUAUGUCGGACGACGAGAUGCGAUGUCUCGGCGUGCCGCAACUGCAGGACAGCGGGCUCAUAUUCUUGUGGGUCACUGGCAGAGCAAUGGAGCUAGGUCGCGAGUGCCUAAAGCUAUGGGGCUACGAGCGAGUGGACGAACUGAUCUGGGUGAAGACGAACCAACUACAGCGGAUCAUACGGACCGGGCGCACCGGCCACUGGCUUAACCACGGCAAGGAGCACUGUUUGGUUGGUAUGAAAGGCAGUCCGGAGAACUUGAACCGCGGCCUGGACUGUGACGUCAUCGUGGCCGAGGUACGCGCCACCUCGCACAAACCGGACGAGAUCUAUGGCAUCAUCGAGAGACUCAGUCCGGGGACUAGGAAAAUAGAACUGUUUGGCAGACCACACAAUGUUCAACCUAAUUGGAUAACGCUAGGCAAUCAAGUGGACGGCGUACGUCUAGUGGAUCCGGACCUAAUCGCAGCGUUCAAGAAACGUUACCCGGACGGUAACUGCAUGGCGCCGCCACCACCUGACCCGGGUCUAGCGUAGUUGUCACUUACUUUAUAAAUACUAAGACAACAUGGACACCUAUAAUAUUAAUUGAGUAUAACGAUUUACUCACGUGAAUUUACUGAGGAAAGCUCGACUAGUUUCAAAUCUCAACAGGACUAUUAAAAGGACUCUGGUUUAGGUUAAAAGGUGAUGUGAUGUCGAUCAAGUAAUGUGUUGUUGAUUUGAGUUUUCCUUUGAUAUAUAAUAUUUUAAAGUGUGUAUUAAGAGCUGUAUUGCUCUAAUGAAUUACAAUUAUUUCAAACUUGCAAAACUCCUCAAAUUACCUAAGUAAGAAGGUACUUACUAUAGAACUGUACAUUACAUGUAAAUAUAGGUAAUAGAAUGUAAAUAAAUAAAUAAAACAAUUGAUAUUAAUAAAA